AUGUUUCAACUCGAAGUGUUUGAUCUCGCAACGUUUGAAAAUUUCUUAAGAAGCGUCAUCCCACAACAUGCCCUUCGAUUUAUUGAAUAUUUUGAUCCAUCAUUAAAUAUGUGGACACCAAUUGAAGAAUUCGAAGCUGUGCAAACUGUUUCAUUUGAGUCAGCUGUCGAUUCACUUGUUUCAAUUGUUCCCAAUGUGAAAGAAAUGGUUGCUGAAGCCAAACAAAAAUGUGAUACACCAAAGGAUGGUUUAACACCAGAUGAAUCAGCUUCAAUUAUGCUUUAUUCAAUGGAAUGGGGACCAAGAGAAAAUUCCUUCGAUGUUAUUCUUAACAAUACUUUACGAGCCGAAGAUUCAGAAAAAAUAAAACCAUGGGAACUUUAUAUCAAAUUAUUUGUUGCAUCAUUGGAAAAAUUACCGACAAUAUCUAAAACGAUUUAUCGCGGUGUAAAACGGGAUUUAAGGGCUCAAUAUCCCCAAGGAAAAAGAUUUGCUUGA